AUGGCCUCCUCAGCAACUGCAAAAGCCUCCAUCUUCCUCCUCAGCCUCCUCGCCACGACCAUCCUCGCCCGCCCCCCCGACAUCACCUUCCUCUGCGACGAAAUGCCCGAAAUCUGCGCAAACAUGUGCUGGGCCGUCCGCUGCGCCAAGCCGUCCUUCUCCCAGAUCUUCACAUUUGCCUACGCCCCCAGCAGCUACGGCCCGUCGUCCAACAACAAGACCUCCAUCUCCGGCAGCUGCCUCACCAACAAUCUCUGCGGCAACGCCGGCCUCAACAAGACGGGCCAUCGCGGCGGCUGCUUCACCGCAUGCAACUCCUACCCCCUCUCCUCCGUCUCAGCGUCCUCCGAAGACGCCCCUGCCCUCUCGGCGCUCCCCCCGCCUCACCACGUCUCGAGGUGCGUCCCCGAGGCGGAGCAGUGCAGGCAGCAAACCCAGCUGGACCUCUUCGCCAAGAGCCUCCAGCAGCCGCAGCGCAACGGCACGCAGCAGCACGGCGUGCGCCAUCUGCUCAUCAACUUUGGCAACCCCGGCGGCGUCAGGUACUGCAACAACGACCCCUGCAUCAACGACGGCAACGAGGUCCAGGACGGCGGCGUCAGCAGACGGUGGCUGCGGCCCGAGGCGGCAGCGCCCAUGUUUACCUACUACAGUACAAAGUCUGGCAUUGUCGUCGCCUCACUCGAGGACGUUGAGAUGCCGUCGCGGUUCACCCGGCGCGUGGGCAGUGGCGAAUUGGUUCCUCCUGGCUUCAGGACUUGGUUUGAGCGGGCUACGGAGGAGUCGGUGCAGAUGAUGGAGGACACCAUUGUGCAGCGACUGUCGGACCAAUCCUUUGGCAGAAUGUGA